GUCAUGAAUUCACCUUUUUCUACACUGUGUAACUCGUAGUUCCCAUCUCUCUCUCUCUCUCUCUUCUCUGUUUUUUUUGUUGUGGGCUUAAAUGGCAAAAUUUAUGAUCUGAUGUGAUCAGUCUCAUCUCUCUUUCUGAUGCGGUUGCAGCUUAUAUAUUGACCAUUGUGUGUAUGUGUGUCUCUUCGCCAUCUCCUAAAGUAGAAAAUAUAUAUGGUAGAGAGAGAGAGAGGAGGGAAAAGAGGAAAGGAAUCAAUCCCACCUUUUUUUUUUCCCUUGUUCUUUCUUUUCCUCUCUUGGUUCUCUCUCUCAUCAUCUUCAAAGGAGAAGGAAAACCUCACAUCUCUCCUUUUUCUCAGGUUUAUUCUCUCUUUGCCUCACCAUUUCUGCUCAUCAAAGCUCUCUCUCUCUCUCUCUCUCUCUCUCUCUCUCUCUCCAGGUGUGUUGGCUGAUCUUGGCUUUUUUUAGUAUGCUUCAUUCACCACUUCAAGUAGCAGAAUAAUAAACAAGAAGCUAUAAGUAUUUCCCUCAUCUCUUUCUCUCUCUAUGGGUAUGUGGUUAAUUGGAUACGUAUAAAUAAAGCCAAAGGUCGAUCCAAGAAGCCAUUUCAUCGAAUGCCCAUCACCAAACCAUCCAAGAUCUUGCCCUAGUUAACUCCAUUAAACGAACAAUCCCCAAAAAAAAGAACCCUAAUUCCCCCAAAAUUCCCCAUAAAGAAACCCUAGAUAGACAGAUGCAUAUCCUCCCAAACUGAAAACAGAAACAACAAGAAGCCAUGGACUUUCUCUCUCACCAAUCAAACAAAAACCCUAAUCCCACUCUCCAAAUCCCAGAAGCCACCACAAUGAUCUCCAAAGCACAAAAUCCUUCACCAUCCUCCUCUCCGUCGUCAUCGAGCCGCUACGAGAACCAGAAACGCCGCGACUGGAACACCUUCUGCCAGUACCUCCGCAACCACCGCCCUCCUCUCUCUCUCCCCUCCUGCAGCGGCGCUCACGUCCUCGAAUUCCUCCGGUACUUGGACCAGUUUGGUAAGACCAAAGUUCACCACCAGAACUGCGCCUUCUUCGGCCUCCCAAAUCCGCCGGCUCCAUGCCCCUGCCCUCUCCGUCAAGCCUGGGGAAGCCUUGACGCACUCAUCGGCCGCCUCCGAGCCGCCUACGAGGAAAAUGGUGGCCCCCCCGAGGCCAACCCUUUUGGCGCACGCGCCGUCAGGAUCUAUCUACGUGAGGUUAGGGACUUUCAGGCCAAAGCGCGUGGCGUUAGCUACGAGAAGAAGAGGAAGAGGGUCAACAAGCAGAAGGCAUCGCUUCCCCAGCCGCAGACGCAAACACAAAUGCAGACUCAGCCGCAGACGCAAACGCAAGGUCAGUCUACAAUGGUUAGUUUCUCGGGUUCGGCUAUAUGAGCCGUAUAUGUAAGUGUUUCUUCUAUAUGUGCAUGAUUUAUAUAUGUAUGUUCGUAUCUGUGUAUUUAUGUUGCGUUAUGCUUACUUUGUGUACGAUGUUGUCGUUGUCUUCGCUACGUAUGAGGAAUAAUAAUAUGUAUGAUUUAACGGAAUAUUCCAUGUUUAUUUCUUGGAA